CUCACUCUGGACACACACACAAACAGAGCUGCAGUCUCCAAGUUCCAUAGACGAUCGACCGAAAAUGAAGCCGGGUGCUCAGAUGCUCGUGGCGCUCCUCGCAGUGGUGCUGAUGAUGAUGGCCAUGGCGGCGGCGCCGGGGGCGGAGGCGGCGACGACUUGCAACGCGCUGCAGCUGAGCCCGUGCGCGGGCGCCAUCAUCGGGAACGCGGAGCCGACGGCGGGGUGCUGCAGCAGGAUGAAGGCGCAGGAGCCCUGCCUCUGCGACUACGCCAAGGACCCAAAUCUGCAGCGCUACGUCAACUCGCCCAACGGGAAGAAAGUCAUGGCCGCCUGCAAGGUGCCCGUGCCGUCCUGCUAGAUCGAUCAACCUACGUUUAUUUGGCGUUAUGGUUGCCGUGUGGUGUGGUGUCGUUGCUGUACGCAGCCGUACGUGCUCCAGCUUUGCAUCAUCUGUGUCUGUCUGUCUACUGAUGAUGUCUUUGAGCUUGUGGUGAAUAUGAAUAAAAUGCAGUAGUAAUGAUGUGAUGAACUAUA